CAGCUAGAAAUGACUUGUGUCAGAGUUACUCAAUUAUAGUGACUGAUAAAAUGAAACUGAGAACUGUAAAAAGAACUAUGAUUCCUUUUAUAGUUCGAGGAUCGGUACCAGUGUUGACUAUUUCAAAAUUUAUAUUUUUGUUCAAUGAACCAUUUUAGAUAAUAAAAAGAAUCAGUUGUUAAAGCAAGUUCAGUGUUUUUUUAUUGGUUCUGAAAGUAUUUUUUUUUGUCAAUAUUUUCGUUCCUAAAAAUUUGUAUUACAGUGGCUAUUAGUUGCACCAGAUUAUUACAUAUUUUUUGAUUGGUCAACCUGGCUCUCAUUGCUAGCUGAUCAAUAUGUUGUAAAAAAUUUCUAGGAACAUGGCUAAAAGAGAAGUUAUUAAGCUUGGAAAAUUUAAGGAUGUCUUGGACCAUCAUGAUUGCCUCUGCUGAUGGUGAUUGCAAUUUGCAAGCUCUUGAAUAGUUGUACGCAAUCACCUAGAAACAUGACGUUCUUGUAUGACAAGCCCGUUUAACUUUUGAACACUAAAAUUGCCUAUAUGCACCCAAAAAAAAAGACCAAGAAAAAUACUGUAGAGAAAAGUCGUGGGAAGUAUCGUUGAACAAACAACAUGUCUGACAUCUCCAACCAUAUGUGUGUAUAUAUUUUCUCAUAACUCAAGACAAUGGCGUAGAGGGCAAAAGAGAGAGAGAGAAAAAAAUGAGAAGUUCACCAAACUACCACCAUCCUUACACCUUCGUCUUCGUCGUCAUUUUGUUUCCAGCUUUAGCUGUCUCUUACAAAACACUGUCGGCGACAGAAUCUCUCACUAUCUCAAGCAACGAAACUAUUGUAUCUCAUAACGAAACCUUCGAGCUCGGUUUCUUCACUCCAGGAUCAAGUUCUCGUUGGUAUCUCGGGAUAUGGUACAAGAAAAUCCCCACCAGAACCUACGUGUGGGUUGCUAACAGAGACAACCCACUGUCUCAUCCCAACGGAUCUCUCAAAAUAUCUUCAGACAAUAACCUCGUCAUUUACGAUCACUCCUCCAACACUCCUGUUUGGUCAACGAAUCUAACCGUUGGCACUUUGAGAUCUCCACUGGUGGCAGAGCUUCUCGAUAACGGCAACUUCGUGCUCAGGCACUCCAACAAUAACGAGUACUUGUGGCAGAGUUUCGAUUUUCCGACGGAUACUUUACUUCCGGAUAUGAAACUCGGCUGGGAUAAAAAAACCGGUUUAGACCGAGUCUUGAGAUCGUGGAGAGGUGUAGAAGAUCCAUCGAGCGGCGAUUUCUCGACUAAACUCGAAACCAGAGGCUUCCCUGAGUAUUACGUGUUCAACAAGGAGAGAAUUAUCUACCGGAGCGGUCCAUGGAUCGGAAACCGGUUUAGCUGCAUACCGGAGAUGAAACCAGUUGAUUACAUGGUUUACACUUUCAUAGCAAGUAACGAAGAAGUGACUUACUCGUACCAAGACGUUUACUCCGUAUUAAGCGUAAGCUACAUGGGAACCUUACAACGACGGAAUUGGAUUGAGUCAGCACAGAUUUGGAAACAGUUGUGGUACCAACCAAAGGACAUAUGCGACAACUACAAACAGUGUGGGAGUUACGGUUAUGGCGAUUCCAACACCAUACCGAGCUGUAAUUGCAUCAAAGGGUUUGAGCGACGAAACGAGCAAGAGUGGGCUUUGAGAGAUGAUUCAGCCGGUUGCGUGAGGAAGACAAAGCUGAGUUGUGAUGGUAGAGAUGGGUUUGUGGUUGUGAAGAAGAUGAAAUUGCCGGAUACUACGGCUACAGUUCUGGACAGAGGAAUUGGUUUGAAGGAGUGUGAAGCCAAGUGCCUAAAUGAUUGUAACUGUACGGCCUACGCUAAUACUGAUAUCCGUGACGGCGGGUCGGGUUGUGUGAUUUGGAAGGGAGAGCUUUUCGAUAUCCGGAGUUAUGCAAAUGGUGGUCAGGAUCUCUACGUUAAACUAGCCGCUGCUGAUCUCGAUCAUGUCAGGAUAACAAGCCAUGGAACAAUCAUAGGUUCGGGUAUUGGAGUGACCAUUUUUCUUCUAAUAAGUAUCAUCAUCUUAUUCGGCUAUUGGAAAAGAAAACAGAAGAGUGAUAUAACAAUUCAAACACCUCGUGUUGAUCAAGUGAGAAGCCAAGAUUUGCUAAUAGACGAAGUGCUAUUAACAAGUGAGAGAUACAUAUCCAGAGAAAACAAAACAGAUGAUCUAGAGCUUCCAUUGAUGGAGUUUGAAGCUCUUGCCAUGGCAACAAACAGAUUUUCUGACGCUAACAUGCUUGGACAAGGUGGUUUCGGUAUUGUUUACAAGGGAAUGUUACCUGAUGGGAAAGAAAUAGCAGUAAAGAGACUAUCUAAAAUGUCUUUACAAGGGACCGAUGAGUUCAAGAAUGAGGUCAGACUAAUUGCAAGGCUUCAGCACAUAAACCUGGUCCGGCUUCUUGGUUGUUGCGUCGAUAAGGGCGAGAAGAUGUUGAUAUAUGAGUACUUGGAGAAUCUAAGCCUUGAUUCUCAUCUCUUUGACAAAAUCCGACGCUCUAACUUAAGUUGGCCAAAGAGAUUUGAUAUUACCAAUGGUAUUGCUAGAGGACUUCUUUAUCUUCACCAAGAUUCACGGUUUAGGAUUAUACAUAGAGACUUGAAAGCGAGUAACGUCUUGCUUGAUAAAAAUAUGACUCCGAAGAUAUCAGAUUUCGGGAUGGCAAGGAUCUUUGGACGGGAUGAGUUGGAACUUAGUAAGCUAUUUGUUCUCCAAAAAAAAACAAAAGACGGCUACAUGGCUCCAGAGUAUGCAAUGGACGGGAUAUUCUCGAUGAAGUCGGAUGUUUUCAGCUUCGGGGUCUUGCUUCUUGAGAUUAUAACUGGCAAGAGGAGUAAAGGAUUCUACAACUCUAACCGUGACAAUAACCUCCUUGGUUUUGUGUGGAGGUAUUGGAAAGAAGGAAAAGGGAUAGAGAUCGUAGACCCAAUCAUCAUGGAUUCUUCAUCAUCAGCACUCCGUACACAUGAAAUCUUAAGAUGUAUACAAAUUGGUCUCUUGUGUGUUCAAGAACGUGCUGAAGACAGACCAGUGAUGUCGACUGUUAUGGUGAUGCUUGGGAGCGAAACUACGGCUAUUCCUCAGCCUAAACGGCCCGGUUUCUGCGUUGGGAGAAGUCUUCUUGAGACUGAAUCAUCGUCAAGUACCCAGCACGAUGAUGAUUUGACAGUGAACCAAAUCACUCUCUCAGUCAUUGACGCCCGGUAGAUUGAACGUUACCUAGACAAUCUGUUUAUAUGCAUAUCAAUUGCUAUUUUGCUAUGUAAUAAUUAAUAGCGCAAAUUUUACUACUUGAUAUUAAAUAACUUGCUCUAUCUAAUGUAGUUUUGGAACAGAGUUAUUACUGA